AUGGAUCUAAUGGGACAAUUUCAAGAUUUACUAUCCGUCUUUACUGUUUUAGCAACACAGCCUCUUAAAAUGUUUAAAGAAUCUUGCAUCUUUGGAAUCAGGACCUUCUACAUUGUUGUUUUAACAUGGAUGGAGGUCCUCAGGUCGUCUGUAAAUCUCCAUCGAACCCUAAUUUGUAGGUCUGCAGUCUGGUUCUAUGCAAUCAUAUCGUUUCCAGUAAGAGUAUUGACUGCACUUCAGAGGGAAAAACAGAUGCAAAUGCAUUUGUAUGAUAUGCAGAUGGCAUUGGAUCAUUUCGCAUCGAAUGACAAACAACUUCGCCAACAUUUGAAUAGACUAUCCAGAAAGUGUAGAGCCAUGGAACAAAUCAUAGAAGAAUUUGACGAUGAAUACGACAAAGCUAUCUCAAACAUCCAAAUACUCCAACACCAGCUUCAAAAUGCAAAGAACAAGGAAAUUCAAGAUACAAAAGCAUCAUCUGAUAAUAAGCAUAUUCAAAUUGAAGAUGUUGAAAAGCAUGAAGAUGAUAAUUUAGCAAACCAAAACAUGAAAUGGGAAGCGGAGAUAUGUCAAAUGAGGGAGGGGGCACUUCGGCAAACCAUAUUUGGUGCAUUAAUGUGUCCAUUAGUGGGGAUGAUAAUAUGGGAGUCUGAGGAUCCUUGUAUGCCUCUUGUGGUGGCUCUUUAUGCGGUUGUCGGCAUGUCUUUAAGCAGUGUGAUUCAAUUGUUCUUGACAGUAGACAAGAUGAAGCCAGCAGCAUUGGCAUCAGAUGCUGUGGCUAUGUUGAGUUUUAAUUGCUUUAUAUUGGGAACUUUGACAUACCCUACUUUGCCUAGGAUUGCUCCUUACUUGACUCCACUUGCUAUGAAACUUUUGGAAACAACAGGGUUGGCCUGA